AUGGCGACUAAAGCGGCCUUUAAGCGGCUCACGCGAGAAUACCAAAAUAUUCAAAAGAACCCACCUCCAUUUAUUAUUGCCCAUCCAUCAGAGACGAAUAUUCUCGAGUGGCACUAUAUUCUCACCGGCCCUCCUGGCACUCCCUAUGAGAAUGGACAAUACUGGGGCACACUGAUGUUUCCCCCUGAGUACCCUUUCGCCCCGCCCGCAAUCCGCAUGCACACCCCCAGUGGCCGGUUCCAACCCUCCACGCGACUAUGCCUCAGCAUCAGUGACUUCCACCCAAAGUCCUUCAAUCCUGCAUGGGAGGUGUCCACAAUCCUGAUCGGUCUUCUAUCCUUCAUGACCAGCGAAGAGAUGACCACCGGCAGUGUUAGUGCGUCCGAGGCAGAGCGGCGAGUUCUGGCAGCCCGAUCGCGGUGGUGGAACUCGACCGGAGGAGGCUCACACGUCAGUGCCACACCGGGCGUUACCAAAACGGCCAAGGGGAUCAACAACGUCAAGGCAGGCGAUGGUGGAUUGAAGUUUCGCGCGGAGUGGCCCGAGCUAGAUCAGGAGAACUGGACGUGGAUGAAGGAGCAUCGCAUCGACACCGCCACGGGGCAGAUCCUCCCCGACCCCAAUGCGCCGACCAAGUGCUCGCCGGAGACCAGUGCCCUACGUCGGCGUCCCAAUGGCAGCGCGCCGGGACUCGGGGCGGUGAUGGAAGGCGGUCAUGUUGCGCGCGAGGCCGGGCAAGGGUGGGCCCGACGGAACCGGGUGUGGAUCGGGCUGGCGGUCAUCUUUGGGUAUGCGCUGCUGAGCCGGCUGGUGAGGGAUGUGCAGGGUUAA